AUGUCACCAAUGGAGGUCGAGUUUGAGAUUGAGUUUGAGUUUGAGUUUGUGUUUGUGUUGGUGUUGGUGUUGGUGUUGGUGUUGGUUCUUGAGUUUGAUAUUGACCAUCUGAUGUUUGAGUUUGAGUUUGAUCAUCUGAUGUUUGAUCCUCUGGAGUUUGAGUUUGAGAUUGAUCAUCUGAUGUUUGAGUUUGAGAUUGAUCAUCUGAUGUAUGAUCCUCUGGUGUUUGAGUUUGAAUUUGAGUUUGAGUUGGGUUUGAAGUUGUUUUGGGUUGUUUGUUGA